GGGGUGCAGGAAAGGGGCUCUACCCGGGGGCAUGGCCGGAGCUCCCACCCCUCUAGGCCCCCCCACCGCCCGUGCCGGGGGCCCUCCCUCGGCUCGCUCGCGCUCUCCCUCCCUCUUCUCCCCUCCUUCGCUCCCUCCCUCCGAGCCCAAUUGCUCAAGCCGCUUCCUUCCCCAACGCCAGCGCCAGUUCCUCUCUUGGUGGGGCCCGGGAAGGGCAGCAAACGCUAGACACUGGAACAGCCGCGGCGGCAGGACCAUGGCCGAGCCCCGAGGGGCCGCGAAGCCGGCACCCAAGGCCUCCUUCGCACCGACCGAGCUCAGCCUGCGGAGCGCCCCGCAGCCCCGCCCCUCGAGAGUGGACACCGUCAGCCUGGGCAGGUACCGGGGCAACGCCACCACCGCCUUCCACCGCUCGGUGAUGCCCUCGGGAACAGUCUCGGGGCGCCGGCGGGGAGCGCUGCGGGAGCUGUUGGGGCUGCAGGGGGCGGCUCCCGCCGGGUGGCUGUCGGAGGAGCGCCCCGAGGAGCAGUCCCCGGGCGGGCCGAACGCACCGAGCGGUAGCGGGCUAUGCCUGGAGCCCCGGGAGCACGCGUGGAUACUGGCGGCCGCUGAGGGCCGCUUUGAGGCGCUGCAGGAGCUGCUGGAGGUCGAGCCGGGGCUGCUCCUGCGGGGCGACCCGAUCACGGGCUACACGGUGCUGCACUGGCUGGCCAAGCACGGGCGCCACGAGGAACUCAUCCUGGUGCACGACUUCGCCCAGCGCAGGGGGCUGCGGCUCGACGUGAGCGCCCCGGGUAGCGGCGGCCUCACGCCCCUCCACCUGGCGGCCCUGCAGGGCCACGAUAUGGUCGUCAAGGUGCUGGUGGGCGCCUUGGGGGCAGACCCCACGCGCCGCGACCACAGCGGCCACCGGGCCUGUCACUACCUGCGGCCCGACGCGCCCUGGAGCCUGCGGGAGCUGUCGGGGGCCGAGGACUGGGAGACGGCGGGCAGCAGCGAGCGUAACAACGCCAACAACAACAGCAGCGGCGGCGGCGCCGCGUGUACGCCGAGACGCGCCUCCAGCGCAGUGGGCGCGUCGGUCGUGGAGACAGCGGCGGCGGCGCCCGCCAAGGGGAAAGACUCCGUGGGCAGACGGGUGGCGCAAAUUCAAGGCCUUCUCCGCCAUAUGUUCCCCUUCUUCCAGGACCGUUGAAGGAGACGGAGACUGGAGAGCGUGGAGGGACCAAGACGCUGCGGCGGGGCCGUGGUCCCGGGUGGUCCCUGGCGGUCCCUGGCGGUCCCGGGUGGUCCCUGGCGGUCCCGGGUGGUCCCUGGCGGUCCCGGGUGGUCCCUGGCGGUCCCGGGUCCCACCGACGGGGCGGCGCCUCGGACGCAGCUCGGGCCGCAGCCUUGGGCGCUGGUCCUGCAGGGAGCAGAUCACCUCGGGGUCCGUCUCAGGCACCUGUCUCAGGAGUACAGACACCGGCCAGGAGACGCGGGGACCAGGGCACGCCUAACCGAGGGAGACCAAGGACCAAGCCUUCCUGGCGCCGAAUCCCCAAACUACAGGAUUGAGUUAGGAGCAGAAGCGUGGUCCUGCUUAGGAGAGGGAAAGUUAGCUUCCAGUAGACAUUUCUGGGCAGGUGGAAGCUCUGGGUUUAUUAGGAAACAUUUGCUAGAAGAAUGAGUUAAGAUUGUAAACCACUGACGCAGAGGCAGCGCCUAACUGCAGGCCUGACUCGGCUGUUAACGGGUCACUUUGUGAGGGCAGGCUCAGCCCCUGUCAACCUGCUCCUGAGACAACCAGGCCUUACCCAUACGGUUUGGUUUCUAAUGUAUCACGAAUGACUUCUUAAGCAUAUUAAAGUGGCAUAUGUUUUCCUUUCACA